GUUGGCUUGGCUUCCCCGCCCGCGAGGGGCCGGCCCCGCGCUGCUUCGCUCUUCCCCGCCCGCGAGGGGAUGCAGCUCCCGCCAAGUGAAACAUACUUUAUUGGACCGCAGGCUGUGUACUCUGGAUGGGAAGUAUUAAGGUUUAUAAUGUCAGACACUUUGCUCCAAACAAAAGUAUCUUCCACAAAGGUGACAGACUGGGUGGACCCGUCAUUUGAUGAUUUUACAGAGCAUGCAGGCAUCUCUGCUGUUAGCGCCGCAUCCUUAGGUGUGAACAACUCAACCCACAGAAGGAAACAUGUGCCUUCCACAUUAGAAAGUAGCAGGCUUCCAGCUAGAAAAAGAGGGAAGCAGACUGCCACAGAGUCGAUUUAUAGUCUAGAAAAUUCCAAACAGUACCUCUCCGAAGGUGAAUCCUGGGUGGACAGAUACCAGCCAGAAACUCAGCAUGAACUCGCUGUGCAUAAAAAGAAAAUUGAGGAAGUUGAAGCCUGGUUAAAGGCUCAAGUUUCAGAAAGACAACAAAAACAGGUUGGAUCUAUUUUAUUAGUAACAGGCCCUCCUGGCUGUGGAAAGACGACUACUGUGAAAGUCCUAGCGAAGGAGCAUGGUAUUCAUGUGCAAGAGUGGAUUAAUCCAGUUUUACCAGACUUCCAAAAAGAUGAUUUCAAAGAGAUGUUUAAUCAUGAAGCGAGCGUCCCUGUGCUUUCCUAUCAGUCUCAGUUGGCAGUUUUCAAAGAGUUCCUACUGAGAGCAACAAAGUAUAACAAACUACAGAUGCUUGGGGAUGACUUGAGAACUAAUAAGAAGAUAAUUCUGGUGGAAGAUUUACCUAACCAGUUUUAUCGAGAUUGUCAUAGUCUACAUGAAGUUCUAAGGAAGUAUGUGCAGGUUGGCCGCUGUCCUCUGGUCUUCAUCAUCUCUGACAGUGCCAGUGGAGACAGUAAUCACAGGUUACUGUUCCCCAAGCAAAUUCAAGAGGAGUGUUCUAUCUCGCAUAUCAGUUUUAACCCUGUGGCACCCACGAUUAUGAUGAAGUUCCUUAAUCGGAUAGUGACAAUAGAAGCUAGUAAGAAUGGAAGGAAAAUCUCUGUCCCCGAUAAAGCUUGCUUAGAUUCACUCUGUCAAGGAUGUUGUGGUGACAUCAGAAGUGCCAUAAACAGCCUCCAGUUCUCUUCCUCUAAAGGAGAGAGCAACUUCCGGCCAAGGAGAAAAGCAACAUCAUUAAAAUCAGAUGCCGUGCUGUCAAAGUCAAGGCAAAGACGAAAACCUGACGUGGGCUCUGAAAACCAAGAGGUUCAAGCUAUUGGUGGCAAAGAUGUUUCUCUCUUUCUCUUCAGAGCGUUGGGGAAAAUUCUGUACUGUAAAAGAGCGCCUUCCACAGAGUUGGUCACUCCCCGCUUACCGUCUCACCUGUCGGAGCAUGAGCGGGAUCCGCUACUUGUUCAGCCGGAGGAAGUGGUGGAGAUGUCCCACAUGCCGGGAGAGUUGUUCAAUCUGUACCUUCACCAGAACUAUGUAGAUUUCUUCCUGGAAGUGGACGAUCUGGAGAGAGCCAGUGAGUUGCUGAGCCUUGCGGACAUGCUCGCCGGGGACUGGAGUACCCGCUCUUUACUCCAUGAGUACAGCACGUCCCUCGCCACACGAGGCGUGAUACAUUCCAACAAGGCCCGAGGAUUUGCUCACUGCCAGGGAGGAGGUUCCAGUUUUCGGCCCUUGCAUAAACCCCAGUGGCUUCUAAUAAAUAAAAAGCAUCGGGACAAUUGCCUAGCGGCAAGAGCACUCUUUUCUGACUUCUGUGUGUCGGCUUUAUGCCUCCAAACUCAGCUGUUGCCGUACCUUGCCAUGCUGACCAUUCCAAUGCGAAACCAAGCUCAGAUUUCUUUUAUCCAAGAUAUUGGAAGACUUCCUCUGAAGCGACACUUUGGAAGGUUGAAGAUGGAGGCCCUCACCGACACGGAGCAGGCGCUGCUGGAGCCCGAGAGCGGAGACGAGGCGCCACCUGCGCAAGAGGCGCCCUGGGGACCCGCUCUGCGCCCCAGGGCCGACUCCUGCUCUCUCCCUUUGAGCCAGAGCAGCGGGAGCGAGCUUCCGGCCAGCCAGCCGCAGCCCUGCGCCUCCCAGGCCGAGGUGGAGGAGGAGGACCUGGUCAUAGAGGAGUACGAGAGUGACGGGCCCUAGACGGCCACCUGCCCCUCGGGCU